AUGCUGUGUGAGGCUGAAUUCCAGAUAACAACCCUCCAUCGUCAAACCCUCGAAGCUCAACAAACCCAAGCUAGCGUGGAUAAAAUGCUAGACGUGAUUGAAUCCCAACAAAAAGAGUUGGAUGCCGCUAUGACGCAUUACGAAAGGGAGAUGCAAGUGUUUAUGAGUGAUACUACUCGACCUUUGGUAGGGAAGUUACCGGCUGAUAAAGAGAGGGAGAAAUCAUACGCACUAGCAGAAGAUUUAACAAAACAAUUAGACGAUUUAUCUCUAUCUUUAACGAACAUGAUACAACAAGUCAACAACUUAUCAUCAACUCCUACCGUUGGAGAAGGUGAUAAAACGGAAGAUCCCAUAGAUCAAUUAUCCGCUAUUCUAGGAGCACAUUUAAGAGCUUUGAAUACGAUCGAUGGACAGACUGGAAAGUUGGAAAGUAAAGUUGAAGAAUUGGAAGGGAAGAUGAAUAGGUGA